AUGGCUUCGGUUGUUAAAGGAACUGAAGCCAUAGGUGAGGACGCAAUUGCUACGGUGGCGCGUCAUGUCCACGCACCACCGGCAUGGAAGCAUUACCGAGGUGUGAGGCGCAGGCCAUGGGGGAAGUUCACGGCGGAGAUAAGGGAUCCGAAGAAGAACGGAGCUAGGGUUUGGCUUGGAACUUUUGACAUGGAGGAGAAAGCGGCGAGGAAGGAAGAGAAGGAUGCGUCGCUGCUUGUUCCCCUCCGUACUCUCCAAACACUACGACACUCUCUCAUCCGACGAAGCCUCCGCCGCCGCUCACCAGAUCGAGGGUUGGUGGCGCAAUGGUUGGUGGAGCGGUGGCUGGUGGCGCAGUUGGUGCAUGAAGAUGGCUUUGGUUCUCAUAUACUCGAAGCAAAAAAGUCCCUCUAUGGCUCCGGUCCUUUGCAACCGAGAUCAAAGGUUCCUCCUUUUGGUCUCAUCUCAAUAUGUCUCGGGUUUAAAACCGAGGCAAAAUGA